CCAGAUUCUUAUGGCUUAAAGAUACCUCUAAACCAGUAUCUCAGGAUAACCUACUUUACCUAAGAUUCUGCAGAGUUCCAUUCGGCGUGAUAUCUUCACCGUUUCUACUGAAUGCGACUAUUAAAGAACAUUUAAAUAAUGCAGAAGAUCAGCAUGUCAGGCAGAAAGCGAAUGACAUAUACGUAGACAACUUUGUUUCAGGCUGUAGUACUACAGCUGAAGCAAUAGAGCUUUACAAAAGUUUAAAAGGAUCUUUUCAAGAUAUUUCAAUGUCACUCAGGGAUUGGAGUUCUAACUCCGAAGAAUUCAUGAAGAUGGUCCCUGAUACAUGUAAAGAAAACAAGAUAAAAGUACUUGGCUUAGAGUGGGACAUAAAAAAGGACACCCUCCAGCUGAAGCCCAACCUCCAAGAGGAAGCAGUCACAAAAAGAGGAAUACUGAAGACUAUCGCAUCAAUUUAUGACCCGUGCGGUUACGCGGCACCUCAUACAUUAUCAGCUAAACUUUUUCUGCAAGGACUUUGGAAGGCCGGAGUAUCUUGGGACUCACCAUUAUCAAGCGAGCUAACAGAAGAGUGGAACAUCAUCCGACAGAACCUAGAAGUCAUAGGAAAGGUAUCGGUGGAUAGAUGUUACAUGAAGACACCAACGGAAGCGAAUUACCAACUGCACUGCUUCACAGAUGCUUCACUACAAGCCUACGCAGCAUCGGUGUUUCUAGUCUGUGGCUCGAAGAAAAGCUUUAUCAUGGGUAAAUCCCGUCUGAUACCAACCAAGGAUCAAGAUAACCUCAAGAUACCCCGUCUAGAACUUCUGGGAGUACUGAUAGGCUGUAGACUGAUGAAGUUCGUCCUUAAGUUUCUGCAACAGAAAAUAGUAAGACAAGUCUUAUGGACCGAUAGUCAGAUUGUCAUCGAAUGGUGUAAGUCUAACAAACUACUUCCUCCCUUCGUUGCCAGACGAGUAGAAGAAAUCAAGACAAACAAAGACCUGGAGAUAAGAUAUCUACCAUCAAGCUUGAACCCAGCAGAUGUAGGCACAAGACCCCUUCGUGCAGAGGAGGAUAAGGAGAAAUGGCUGAAUGGUCCGCAGUUUAUAACAGAAGAUCCACAGAAAUGGCCAACCACAUCCGGCAGUGAGCCAACCAGUUCUCUUCUGACAGGGGAGGGUCUUGGGUUCCAAGAAGACAUAGAGAUGGUCGAUAAAGAAGAUCCAGUUGUUAAUGUCAACCCGAUGAAAACGGAGGAAAUUAUAACACCAAAUGAAGUGAUAGGAAAUAAUCAGUCAACAGACGACAAGCUUCAUAAAUUAAAAGAAAUUCAAGCUAAAUAUUUUCCUCUAGAGGUAGAAGGAAAAGAAACCAAUCUAAGUCGAAACUUAGGAGUAUUCAAGGACAUUGAUGACCUAUUGAGAUGCAAAGGUCGUAUGAAAAACGCAAACUGGUCGUUCGACAAACGAUACCCUAUACUCAUACCAAAAGAGUCAGAUUUCACGAAGGAAAUUAUAAUGAAAACUCAUCAAGAGAACAAACAUGUAGGUGUCAGCCACACGCUUGAUAAAAUAAGAGAAAUGUAUUGGAUUCCUCAAGGAAGAAGUAAAGUCCAACGGAUAUUAAAGGGAUGCCCUGAAUGUAUGAAACAUGAUGGAGGACCUUAUAGACUACCAGAAACCCCUGCUCUUCCUAAAGAGAGAGUCAAUUACAGCUCUCCUUUUACGUACGUUGGAACAGUGUAAACAAACGUCACAUGAAGAAAGCGUAGAAGAAUCUGUACAGGUUCCUGACGUCCCACAUCCAACAAGAAGGGACGACGUGAUGAAAGAAUCCACUAACGACGUUCUUAAGACUUCUGAGCAGAAAUCUUAUCAAUUAACAGAAUUAAACGAGUCAGAAGAAAUACCGUCUGAUUCAGUCUUAUUAGAGCCUGCAUCUAGUCAGUUACACGAGCCUGAGCCUAAGUCCAUACCCGAACCAGACCCACUCGCAGUCAAAGACAUGACGUUCUGCGAGAACACUGAUCCUGAAACGCACCACCUAGAGAACAUCGCGUCGGCUGAACAUCACGACGAGUCCAGACCUAAGAGAGCAGCGGCGCUUCGUGCUCUUGAGAAGAUUAAGGAGUGGACCAGCAACUUAGUCGCAGUUUUGCUGCCUGUAGUGGGGAGUGUCGCGACCAACGCGAAACUAUAGAGCCCCAAGAAUAUUCCCCUGCGGCAACACUGGCGGCGCCCUCUGGGUGGAGCCAUAAUCACGGAGUGACAAUCAGCCGCCGUAACAUAAAAGCAAGCGAAGCAGAUCAGAGGCUCACCUGGCCCCGAGAAGGUUGGGACAGCGUGAGCGUGGAUGAGGAAUCAUCUAUAGAAAUGUCAGGUAUGUAUACCAUGCAUUCUGUUUGGUGGUCAGUAUAUAUAUUGACCACACACACACAAAUAAGUUGCCAUCCUUCUCCUUUACGGACUCGUAAAUGUACCGUAGGCGGC